GCGACAUCUUGUGGAGUCUUUUCCGGAAGUGUUGUCAGUGCGCACGUCACGUCGCCAGGAAGUAAUCGGAAAACAAAGUGGCAUCAUGGCAGAAUCCAUAGAGACAUAUCCUUGUGCGAAUGCCGAGGACAUGCCCGAGCUUUCGGAUGCUGAGAGCGACUCCGGUGAUGAGAAAGAGCAGUGGCUGGAGGAGGACACUCAGCAGGUUACCUGUUUGUUUUGUGACAGAUUGCUAAAUUCAGUGCCUGACACCCUGCAGCACUGCACAGUUGAGCACCAAGUGAACCUUAUAGAUGUAAUCAAGAAACACAAUUUAGAUGACUACAGUUACAUAAAGCUGAUCAAUUUCAUCCGCUCAACAAAAUGUGAUCCAUCACACCUCAUGGGGCUACCAGAUGGUCCCUUACCAUGGGAGAGUGAAGACUUCCUCCGGCCAGUUAUACAGGAUGACCCCUUAUUGCAAACUGACCCUGAGGACCUAUCCGGUCACCAUGGGACGCCGGAGGCGGACCGCAAUCAUGCACUGCUGCUGAGGAUGACUGCUGCUGAGGAGGCCUUGACUCGAACCUUUGAAGAUGUGCAAAAAUUACAGCAGAUCGUCCAGGGUUUGGUGCUGAACGCGGAAAUCACAAGGCCCGCUAAACCGUGCAGUGUUGCCGAGCUUCACGAUGAUGAGGACGAAGCCUACUUCAGCUCCUACGGCCAUUAUGGCAUUCACGAGGAGAUGCUCAAGGACAAAGUGCGCACGGAGAGUUACCGUGACUUCAUGUACAGUAACCCCGAAGUGUUCAGAGACAAGGUUGUUUUAGAUGUCGGCUGCGGGACUUGCAUAUUAUCGAUGUUUGCCGCUCGGGCCGGAGCCAAGCAGGUCAUAGCUGUUGACCAAUCAGAAAUUAUCUACCAGGCCAUGGAUAUAGUGAGGUCCAACAAACUUGAGGACAAGAUCACUUUGCUCAAAGGCCGCAUAGAAGACAUCAGCCUCCCCGUGGAGAAAGUGGAUAUCAUCAUCUCGGAAUGGAUGGGUUACUUUUUGCUAUUUGAGUCCAUGUUGGACUCCGUCUUGGUUGCCAGAGACCUGUAUUUGGAAGAUGGUGGUUCAGUCUACCCAGACCGUUGCAACAUCAGCCUAGCAGCAGUGGGAGAUAAACAGAAGCACCAAGAGUGCAUUGCGUUCUGGGACGAUGUGUACGGCUUCGACAUGUCAUGCAUGAAGAAGGCGGUCGUGCCCGAGGCUGUGGUGCAAGUGUUGAAUGCCGACACGCUCAUCUCCGAUACUACAGUCAUACAGACGAUCGACUGCAACAAAGUGCAUCUCUCAGAGUUGGAGUUUGCGUCCGACUUUUGUUUGAAGAUGACCAAAACCACAGAUUGCACGGCAAUCGUCGGCUACUUUGACGUUUUCUUUGACAAAGGCUGCCUCAACAAGGUGAUGUUCUCCACGGGUCCUCAGGCCACAACGACCCACUGGAAACAGACCGUCUUCCAACUGAAGAGACCCUUUCCUGUCCAGGCUGGGGAGGAGCUUCAAGGAAAAAUCACAUUGCGCAAAAACAAAAAGGACCCACGAUCACUGUUGGUCACCUUUGAACUCCGGGGUCGGAAGCUGACCUAUACCGUACAAUGAUGUAACGUACAUGAGAAUACAGAACGUGUAUUCCGCCAUGUUUGGAUUGUUUUUUGUGAUUUGUAAUAAAGAACACAUUUCCAAAUAUUGUCCGUGCCAAAUA